AACACUGUAUUGCUAAGCAGUCUGAACUUGAGCCACCUUGAGCACUCAGACUCAGCACUCCAAUCAGUCUAAUCUCCAAUUACCAAUUUGGACAUUGACUCUGGAGUUGAGUUUCCCAAGUUUUCAUAAUUUAGUACUGCUUUCAAUAGUUUUGCAACCAUGGCGUACUGUAUGCGAGUUUUGCAUCGCCAGGGUGGCAAAGCCAGCAGUCUUCUUUUCUCUGAGAUACAGUCAAGAUGCUUUCAUGUUUCACCUUUAACUGCAGCUGCGGCCAAAGUUGCUAUGAGCAGAUUUGAUAAAGACCCAUUGCCAUAUGACAAACUCUCGAAAAAUCUUGAAGUUGUGAAGAAAAGAUUGGCAAGACCUCUAACUUUAUCUGAAAAAAUUUUGUAUUCCCAUAUUGAUCAGCCUGCAACACAGGAUAUCGAAAGAGGAAUAUCUUAUUUGAGACUACGCCCUGAUCGGGUUGCUAUGCAUGAUGCCACGGGACAAAUGGCCAUGUUACAGUUCAUUUCUAGUGGUCUGAAACGGGUAGCUGUACCAAGUACCAUAAAUUGUGACCAUCUUAUUGUAGCUCUAGAUGGGAGCGCGAAAGAUGUUGCUAAAGCUAUAGAACUCAACCAAGAAGUAUUCAAUUUCUUAUCAUCAGCCUGUAAUAAAUAUGGCCUUGGAUUCUGGAAACCGGGGGCAGGUAUCAUUCAUCAAAUUAUAUUGGAAAACUAUGCGUUCCCUGGUUUUUUGAUGAUCGGAACUGAUUCGCAUACACCAAAUGGGGGUGGUCUCGGAGGACUUUGUAUUGGCGUUGGAGGUGCUGAUGCUGUAGAUGUAAUGGCUAAUAUUCCCUGGGAAUUGAAAUGUCCCAAGGUCAUUGGUGUUAGAUUAACAGGAAAACUAUCAGGCUGGACAUCACCAAAAGACAUCAUUCUCAAGGUUGCAGACAUAUUGACUGUGAAAGGAGGUACUGGUGCUAUUAUAGAAUACCAUGGACCAGGUUGUGAUUCUGUGUCAUGCACGGGUAUGGCAACCAUUUGUAACAUGGGUGCUGAAAUCGGUGCAACUACAUCAGUGUUCCCUUACAACAGUCGUAUGUCUGACUAUUUGAAAGCCACCAGUCGAGCUGAAAUUGCAGGUGAAGCUGACAAGUACAAGAGUGUUCUCCUCAGCCCUGAUGAAGGUAGGCUCACUUUGGAUUACUUUCACUUCAGUAAAUUUCAACAAUUUUUUUUUGCAGGUGCAAAGUAUGAUCAAGUCAUUGAAAUCAACCUAGACACUCUAGAACCUCAUGUGAAUGGUCCGUUUACCCCUGAUCUGGCCAACCCAAUCAGCAAAUUGGGUGAAAAUGCCAAAAAGAACGGUUGGCCUAUUGAUAUAAAAGUAGGUCUUAUUGGAUCGUGUACCAACAGUUCUUAUGAGGAUAUGGGACGCUGUGCUAACAUCGCCAAAGAAGCGAUGGCUCACGGUGUUAAGUCGAAAAUACCUUUCAAUGUCACUCCUGGAUCAGAACAGAUCCGCGCUACAAUUGAAAGAGAUGGUAUUUCCCAAACUCUGACAGAAUUUGGAGGAACGGUGUUAGCGAAUGCUUGCGGGCCUUGCAUUGGUCAAUGGGACAGAAGAGACAUCAAGAAAGGAGAUAAAAACACCAUUGUUACAUCAUAUAAUCGUAACUUCACUGGACGUAAUGAUGCUAAUCCGGCUACUCAUUGUUUUGUUACCUCACCAGAGCUUGCAACAGCACUGAGUAUUGUUGGAAGACUGGACUUCAAUCCUCUAACCGACGAAAUCGAAGGUGCGGAUGGUAAAAAGUUUAAGCUGAGUCCUCCAUUCGGAGAUGAACUCCCCAGCAAAGGAUUUGACCCUGGUCAUGACACAUACGUUAAACCUCUUGAAGAUGGUUCCAACGUGAGUCUUGAUGUAGAUCCAAAAUCACAGCGGCUUCAAUUAUUGAAACCUUUUGAGAAGUGGAAUGGAAAAGACUUGGAAGACAUGACUAUUCUGAUAAAAGUAAAAGGAAAAUGUACUACGGAUCACAUUUCUGCUGCAGGACCUUGGCUGAAGUACCGUGGUCAUCUGGACAAUAUUUCAAACAAUAUGUUCAUAACUGCCACAAAUGCUGAAAAUAACGAACUCAACAAGGUGAAGAAUCAAGUCACUGGUGAAUGGGGAGCAGUACCUGACGUAGCUCGUUACUACAAAGCGAAAGGAGUUCAGUGGGUUGCCAUUGGUGAUGAAAAUUACGGCGAAGGUAGUUCUCGCGAACAUGCUGCUCUUGAACCUAGAUAUUUAGGAGCUCGCGCGAUCAUUGUCAAAUCUUUUGCUCGUAUCCAUGAAACUAACCUGAAAAAACAAGGACUUUUGCCACUCACUUUCUCCAGCGCUAGCGACUAUGACAAAAUCCAUCCCUCAGACAAGAUUUCAUUGAAGAAUCUGAAAAAUCUCACUCCAGGAAAACCAGUUGAAUGUGAAAUCAAACAUGCUGAUGGUAAAGUUGAGAAAAUAUUGCUCAAUCAUUCAAUGAAUGAUCUUCAAAUAAGUUGGUUCAAAGCUGGUAGUGCACUUAAUCGAAUGAAAGAAUUGGCUCAAUAAUGUGAACAGAUCAUCCAGUUAAGUUUUAGGUACUUAAAAUUCAAUCAUAUUUACUUCUCAUAACAAUUAUAUUUCAUUAAUGUAAUUUGAAGCAUGUUUUUUCUUGAAAUUUUUGUCUAUAUAUAUAUUCAUUUGUUGUACCAUAUUUAAAGUAUAUUUUUAACCAUACAUAUUCAAUCCUAACAAAUUUGCAGACAAUAAAGUUAUUUU